AUAUAAGCUUCAUCGUUAGCUGAUGAAGUUAUACAAAACACUAAUGAAAAGAGGCCGGCCAGUGGAGAAAUAAUCAAUUUACUAAAGACGAGUAAAUGGAGGUGAACGGUGAUGUGAAGCCAUUGCAGCGGUGGGGUGGAUCACUUCCAGUUGAAAACGUACAGGCUCUUGCUGCUUCGAAGGAACUGACCGAGAUUCCACAGAGGUACAUAAGAUCUGAUGUUGUGUCUGACCUGCAUGGUACUGUCGAUGACGAGAUCCCCAUCGUCGAUCUUGGGAGGCUUCAGGAUCUUGCAUCCUUUGAAGCCGAAGCCACCAAGCUGAAAUUUGCAUGUGAAGAGUGGGGAUUUUUCCAGCUUAUAAACCACGGAGUAGCGAACGAGUUGGUCGAACAAAUGAAGGCUGACAUUGAAGAGUUUUACCGGUUGCCCUUGGAGGAAAAGAAAGCGUAUGCACAAUUGCCAGGUAGCAUUGAAGGCUACGGCCAUGCGUUUGUUGUCUCAGAGGAGCAGACAUUGGACUGGGGAGAUAUGUUUAUCAUCAGAACGCAACCACUCUCUUUCAGGAGCAUGAGAUUCUGGCCGACGCAUCCUUCCACAUUUAGGGACACAUUGGACAAAUACUCGACUGCGUUGAAGAAUGUUGCGGAACUCUUGCUAGGAUCGAUGGCAAAGAAUUUGGGUCUCUCGCCAGAAGAGUUUACAAAUUUGUUUGGUAAUGGAUUCCAAGCUGUGAACAUGAACUACUAUCCCCGGUGCCCUCAUGCCGACAAGGUGCUAGGCCUCUCACCUCACUCUGAUUCUGUAGCUUUGACGUUGGUCCUUCAAGUCAACCAAGUGGAGGGGCUCCAAAUCAAGAGGAACGCAGGGUGGCUUCCCAUCAAGCCGAUCCCUGGUGCUUUCAUCGUCAACGUAGGCGACGCGCUCGAGGUACUUACCAACGGGAGAUACAAGAGCAUCGAGCACAGGGUAAUUGUAAACCCUGAGAAGGAGCGGAUGUCAAUCGGCGCGUUUCACAGCCCAAACUGUGAUGCCUUAAUAGGUCCUCUUCCGAAGCUCGUUGAAGGAAGUGAAUGCUACAAGACGCUGAGCCAUGAGAGCUACAUGAGGUUGAAUGCCUCAGCUAAACUUGAUGGAAAGAACCGUUUAGCGCAGAUGAAGCUAAAAUGAUCGAAUAUAUGAUUUUGUGAUGUGAUAAAAGCAUUUAUGGUUAUCUACCAACAGGAUAGUAUGAUAUGUUAAAAGUUUAAAAUUCCUUAUCUAAAUUAAGAACAGUGGUUUCUUCUUGUAGUUCACUGCAAUAUCAUUUGAAUCUGAUAAUUAAUG